GCACACCAUGGAUGACAAGAAACCAAUUCCAACACCUGCCGGUGGCAAUGCAACGGCCACCGUAUCAUCAUCCGCCGAACAGGACGAAAACGAAAAGCGUGUCGGGUGUGCGCACUACAAACGACGGGCAAAAUUUGUGACACCAUGCUGUAACAAAUUUUACAUGUGUCGGUACUGCCACGACGAGAACGAGACACACUUCUUCAACCGGAAAACGGUGACAGAACUGAUCUGUACCGAGUGUGACACCCGGCAACGUGUGCAGGCCGAAUGUGAAAAGUGUGGCGUACGGUUCGGGCGGUACACUUGCCUGGUUUGUAAUCUGUUUGACGACGAGGACCGUAAUCAGUAUCACUGUGAUGGGUGCGGAAUCUGCCGCGUCGGUGGCCGUGGACGAUUCUUUCACUGUGAGGUUUGCAACAUGUGCUUACCGCUGCAGCUAAAAUUCGACGGACAUAGGUGUGUGGAAAAUGUGUCCCGUUCGAACUGUCCCGUGUGUCUGGAUGAUAUUCACACUUCGCGUAUUCCAUGUCACAUUCCUGACUGUGGACAUUUACUACAUCGGACAUGCUUCGAAGAAUUGCUUUCGUCCGGCCAUUAUGCUUGCCCCACCUGCCAGACGUCGAUGAUGGAUAUGAACCAGCUGUGGGUGUAUCUGGACGCGGAGGUGGCCGCCACACCCAUGCCAAAGGAAUACGCAAACUAUUUCGUCGACAUUCUGUGCAAAGACUGUCACAAGGAGUCAACGGUAAAGUUUCACGUGGUCGGAUUAAAGUGUACACACUGCGGUGCAUACAAUACCUGCCGAACGAAAACGAGAAGCAUAAAUGGAUGUAACAGUAGUGCUACCGGGACAGGUAGUAGUAGUAGUAGCACAGGUGGAGAAAGUAGUACAGCACCAAGUGGCGCGGCAUCAAACACCAAUGCUUCCGAAACGACUUCCUGGAUAAGGAUGGUGCCACUGUCAAUGGUUGAGUCGGAUGAUAGCGCCAUCGAUGACAGUGCAAUUGACGAUAGUGAAGAUGAACGACUCGUCGAUCGUCUUGAUGCGUAUUUCCACCAUGUAGUGCACGGUGAUGACGACGGCGCCAGUACAUCGGCCGCUUCUUCCGCUUCCUCCUCGAACUCUUCGUCUUCCGCUCCGUCCUCCUCCUCGACAAUGGUAAGCACCAACACGGGAUCGGUAGACGUGGUCCAGCACGCAGCACCACGGCUAACCAACGGCAGUACCAGUAAUGGCAACCGAAGUGACGCUACACGCCGUUCAUCCAGUGCCGGUGGAUUAUCCCGUCCACCAAACAAUGGUGUACAGGCGAGCAGUAGUAGAAGCAGUAGUAGUAACGGCACCACCAACAAUGGCCCCGUAGUACUGUGUACCGACGGACGGCGAAGAAGCUAUGGACGGACGGAGACGGCCGGUUCGUCCAGGUCUUCCGCCGCAACCCACGACGAAGAUCGUUCCUCGUUCGAUAAUAAUAGCAAAAGUAAUGAUAAUGAUGGCGCACCAGAAAUGUGAGAGAGAAAUCGAGCGUUUUGUGCGGUAUAGGUCAAAUUGAAUUUGAAUGUGAUCGUUGUA